UUCCAGGGCCGCCGUCCACACUGUCCGGGUCAGAGUCCUGGGACCACAUGGGGAUGCUGCCGUGGCUUCUUGCCUUCUCCAUUCUGGGUCUCCAGGCUUGGGAUACUCCCACCAUCGUCUCCCGCAAGGAGUGGGGGGCAAGGCCGCUCGCCUGCAGGGCCCUGCUGACCCUGCCUGUGGCCUACAUCAUCACAGACCAGCUCCCAGGGAUGCAGUGCCAGGAGCAGAGCAUUUGCAGCCAGACACUGCGGGGGUUGCAGUCCCAUUCCGUCUACACCAUAGGCUGGUGCGACGUGGCGUACAACUUCCUGGUUGGGGAUGACGGCAGGGUGUAUGAAGGUGUUGGCUGGAACAUCCAAGGUUUGCACACCCAGGGCUACAACAACAUCUCCCUGGGCAUCGCCUUCUUUGGCAGUAAGAUAGGCAGCAGUCCUAGCCCUGCUGCCUUAUCAGCUGCAGAGGGUCUGAUCUCCUAUGCCAUCCAGAAGGGUCACCUGUCGCCCAGGUAUAUUCAGCCACUUCUUCUGAAAGAAGAGACCUGCCUGGACCCUCAACAUCCAGUGAUGCCCAGGAAAGUUUGCCCCAACAUCAUCAAACGAUCUGCUUGGGAAGCCAGAGAGACACACUGCCCUAAAAUGAACCUCCCAGCCAAAUACGUCAUCAUCAUCCACACCGCUGGCACAAGCUGCACUGUAUCCACAGACUGCCAGACUGUCGUCCGAAACAUACAGUCCUUUCACAUGGACACACGGGACUUUUGUGACAUUGGAUAUCACUUCCUGGUGGGCCAGGAUGGUGGCGUGUAUGAAGGGGUUGGAUGGCACAUCCAAGGCUCUCACACUUACGGAUUCAACGAUAUUGCCCUAGGAAUUGCCUUCAUCGGCUACUUUGUAGAAAAGCCUCCAAAUGCUGCAGCACUGGAGGCAGCCCAGGACCUGAUCCAGUGUGCCGUGGUUGAGGGGUACCUGACUCCAAACUACCUGCUGAUGGGCCACAGUGACGUGGUCAACAUCCUGUCCCCUGGGCAGGCUUUGUAUAACAUCAUCAGCACCUGGCCUCAUUUCAAGCACUGAAGGAGGCCCCACUCCCUCUGAGACUGCCCUCCCUCCCCUACCGGGUCUCUCCAAUCCUCACCAGCCAAGCUGGCUCAGCACCUUGUGUCCCCCU